AUGGACAGUAGCUGCCUCAACGCGACCACCAAAAUGCUAGCGACUGCUCCAGCUCGGGGCAACGUGAUGAACACAUCCAAACCCUUGGCUUUCUCCAUCGAACGAAUCAUGGCGCGCACCCCAGAGCCUAAGGCCCUGCCGGUCCCCCACUUCCUGCACGGAGCCCUGCCCAAAGGAGACCCCAAGCACUCCCUGCAUCUCAGCUCGUCGAUCCCCUGCAUGAUCCCUUUCGUCCCCGUGGCGUACGACACGAGCUCCAAAGCCGGAGUGACUGGCUCCGAGUCCCGCAAGCCGAGUCUGGAGGCUCCGGCGCCGCCCGCGGUGCCCUCCGCGCCGGCGUUCAGCUGCAGCGACCUGCUCAACUGCGCGCUAAGUCUCAAGGGCGACCUGGCCCGCGACGCGCUGCCACUGCAGCAGUACAAGCUGGUCAGGCCGCGUGUGGUCAACCACUCGUCCUUCCACGCCAUGGGCGCCUUGUGCUACCUGAACCGAGGUGAUGGCCCGUGCCACCCGGCUGCGGGCGUGAACAUCCACCCGGUGGCCUCCUACUUUCUCAGUUCCCCUUUGCACCCACAGCCAAAAACAUACUUAGCCGAAAGGAAUAAACUGGUUGUCCCGGCGGUGGAGAAGCUCCCUUCGGGUGUAGCUUUCAAAGACCUGUCCCAGACUCAGCUGCAGCAUUAUAUGAAAGAAAGCGCCCAACUCUUGUCUGAAAAAAUCGCAUUCAAAACCUCGGAUUUCAGUCGCGGCUCUCCUAAUGCCAAACCCAAAGUUUUCACUUGUGAAGUCUGUGGAAAGGUCUUUAACGCGCACUAUAAUUUAACCCGUCACAUGCCGGUGCACACAGGAGCCAGACCCUUCGUUUGCAAAGUGUGUGGCAAAGGUUUCCGGCAAGCCAGCACCCUUUGCAGGCAUAAGAUCAUUCACACGCAAGAAAAACCUCACAAAUGCAACCAGUGCGGUAAAGCAUUUAAUAGAAGUUCCACGUUAAACACACAUACCCGGAUCCACGCGGGCUACAAACCAUUUGUGUGUGAAUUCUGUGGCAAAGGAUUUCAUCAAAAAGGGAACUACAAAAACCACAAGUUGACCCACAGCGGGGAGAAGCAGUUCAAGUGCAAUAUCUGCAACAAGGCUUUCCACCAGGUGUAUAACCUCACCUUCCAUAUGCACACUCACAACGACAAGAAGCCUUUCACCUGCCCCACGUGCGGCAAGGGCUUCUGCAGGAACUUUGACCUCAAGAAGCACGUUCGCAAGCUGCACGACAGCAGCCUGGGGCUGACCCGCACUCCAACUGGGGAGCCAGGCAACGAUCCGCCAUCCCAGCUGCAACAGCCUCCGCCUGCACCUCUGCCGCCACUGCAGCCGGCGUUGCCGCCUCCCGGGCCUCUGCAACCCGGGCUUCACCAAGGCCACCAGUGA